ACACACUCGAUUUUAACAAUGACUCAUUUUUAUGUAGAAGUCACAAAUAACAUGGAUGACGAUAUUUUUACAAACAGCGACCUGGCUGUUAUGAAUGAACUUAAAAAUAAAAAAAACAGUGAUGAAAGAAAAGGAAAUUAGAUACGACUGGGUACAAACAGAUAGUACAUUAUCUUUUACACUAUACAAGAAAAACACUGAACGGGAUAAAUUUUUAUAUUAUAUAAAAAAAAAUUACAUAUAUAUAAUUAUAAAUAUCAGUGACACAGAAAUAUACAAACUAGAAACAUAUUUGUUUGGUGAAGUAUAUCCAUCUAAUACUAAAAUUAAUAUAAGUCCAUUUAAAAUAGAAAUUGUCUUCGAAAAAAAAUUAAAAGAACAACACUGGACCUCCUUCAAAAGUAACGAACAAGGCUUAAUUUCAGAAAAUCAAAAAGGCAUUCCGAGUCCGUUUAGUAGAAGAAGUAUAAAAGAAUGGGAUAGCAUCACACAGGUAAAAUAACAAAAAAAAAAAAAA